AUGUUUUCGUGUCACUCGAGCACAUACUCGUUCUCUAGGUCAUUCGCUACUGCUUCGUCUCCUCCCGAUGGCACUGUGGUGUCGGAGACAAAUCGUGCUGAGGCUACCCUGAAGCGUUUUUGGGAGACAGUAGGAAUUUCAAAGAGAGACGAUGGACUUACUGUAACGCUUGAUAUGCGAGCAUUGAAAACACCAUCUGGCAACACUCUGCUGUUGCCCAGAAACAAGCGGUUGGUUGCAACACUAAUUGCAAAUGAAUGGGAAAAUCAGGAAACAUUACUGAAACCUCAUGCUCUGCCAAUGACUUCCAUCGCCUCACGGGCCAUUGAUGCUCUCCAAGAUGAAAAAACGUGCUCAGAAGUGCGAGAGGCCCUUCUUAAUUACUUGGACACUGAUACAAUUUGUUUUCAUCACGACGACCCACCUCAGUUGGUAGAGCUCCAACAUAAGUAUUGGGAUCCAUUACUUGAAUGGGCAAGGUCUACGUUCGGCAUCGACAUACAAGUCUUUGACUCAAUUUUGCUCCACUCACAAUCGCCAGAAACGCGAACUAAGCUCAACGCCGUCUUGACUGAGAUGGAUCCCUGGGAGUUGGCUGCGAUGGAACGCGUGACAUAUUUGACGAAAUCUUUUUUGAUCGCGCUUGCCCUUGUGAAGAAGCAUCUCACUGUUGAAGAAGCAGCUUUGGCUGCACAAGUCGAAGUCUCGAGUCAGAUUCAACGAUGGGGAGAGGUUGAGGACUCCCACGAUGUCGAUUUUCAUGAUGUCCGCAGACAGUUAGGGAGUGCCGCUUGUCUGCUUACGAACAUGAUAUAG